AUGGCCACUCAAUUCAUCGUUUUCUUGAAGUAUUUUAUCACGUUCGUCAUUUCUUGGUUGACCCUUUGGCGAUUUACGGCGAAUAUGAAUCUGCCUCAUUGCCUAUCACACGUGGUUGAAUAUGCUCCGAUUUAUGCUGUGCUUGCACUUGGUGUUUGGGCGGCUUCUUCUGUGAUAUGCGGCGUUUUUACCUUCAACGAUUGCAACCAAGCAAAACUCGAGCUCGUGGGCGAAAUCGGUGAAGCGCGAAAGCAUUUGAAGCAACGAAAAGUCAUC